AUGGAUAGUCUUGACGCACAACCAGAGAUGUCUAGCGGCUCGCUUGACAAAAAAAAUAAAGGCGUCCCGCCAACUAUGGGAAUCAUAUCAAUGGAGCCUCUUAAUAAACAAGUCAUGCAACAAUCGUAUGCCAACGAACUUCCACUUGAAGAUAGUGCGCACGGUUUUUACGGAACCAUGAUGAAUGUUCUGGGAAAUGUAUGUGGAUUCUUUGGAGCGACACCAUUUUGUUGCUGCUGCCCUAAUCCAUAUAAACGAGUCGAUCAGGGUUUCGUGGGUCUUGUCUCUAGAUUCGGCAAAUUUUACAAGUCCGUUGAUCCUGGUUUGGUUAAAGUCAAUCCAUUAUCAGAGAGUCUUAGGAGAGUCGAUGUCAAGAUACAAAUUACCGAAAUCCCGAAACAAGCAAUAAUGACCAAGGAUAAUGUAUACGUUCACAUCGAUUCCGUAAUAUAUUGGCAUAUCGUUAAUCCGUAUCAAGCCACAUUUGGUAUUACUGACGUCCGUAAAGCUCUCAUUGAACGGACCCAAACAACUUUGAGACACACACUUGGUUCAAGAGUUUUACAAGAUUGUAUUGAAAAUCGCGAAGCCAUUGCAUCUGAAGUGUUGGAAAUUAUCGAGGAACCUGCGAGUCUCUGGGGAGUGAAGAUCGAAAGCAUCUUGAUCAAAGACAUACAGUUCUCAAAUUCACUCCAAGAAUCACUUUCCUCCGCUGCACAAGCACAGCGUAUUGGACGAUCUAAAGUCAUCGCUGCUCAGGCUGAAGUUGACGCAGCAAAGUUAAUGAGACAAGCAGCGGAAUUACUCAACAUUCCUGCCGCUAUGCAAAUUCGUUACUUGGAAACUAUGUCGGCAAUGGCCAAAGGACCGGGAACAAAGACGAUCUUCAUGCCAUAUUCGCCAGAUGGCGUGCAUUCGCGUUCAGGUAUUGGUGCACCUACUUUUUCCAACGAGAUCAUCAAUUCCGAAGAACCAAGCAUGUCUAAAGAAACUUUCCAAGCCUACACGGUUGAUUCCGCAUCUGGUUAA